AUGGCAGGAGGAGGAGGAUGUGGAGUAUGGCGGACGGCACCGGUCGCUCUCUUGGCCGCAGCCUUUAUGUUGUGGGAUGUUAGCGCUGCACAGACAAGAUACUCCGUUUCAGAAGAGCUCAAAGAAGGCACUCGGGUUGGAAAUAUAGCUAAAGACCUAGGCCUGGAUCUCGGUACUCUGAAAACCAGGGGAUUUCGGGUGGUAUCUGGAUCGAACGAGCCAAUGCUCCAGGUUAACCAGAACGAUGGCAUUAUGUACGUAAAUAGGAAGAUAGACAGGGAGGAGGUGUGCGAGCGGACCAGCACGUGUUUGAUACACUUGAAAGCAGUGCUAGAGAACCCAUUAGAAAUCCAUUAUGUCUCGGUGGAGAUUCAAGACAUAAAUGACCACAGUCCCACCUUCCCCGAAGAUGAGGCGCGUCUGGAGAUAUUCGAGUCAGCGCUGCCCGGUGAACGCUUCCAGCUGCAAGCGGCGCGCGAUCCAGACAGUGGAAUAUAUUCGGUCCAACAGUACAAACUAAGUCAGAAUGACCAUUUCCGUUUGGAGGUAAAGGACAGAGGCGACGACGGUAAAAUUCCCAUUUUGUAUUUACAAAAAUCCCUAGAUAAAGAAACUGAAAGACACCAUAGGCUUUCGCUCUCUGCAAUUGACGGAGGAAAACCCCCUCGGACAGGGACUACUGAGCUGUUAGUUGAGGUUUUGGAUGUCAACGACAACCUACCCGUAUUCACAAAGGAUUCCUAUUCUGUCUUACUACCCGAAAAUUCGCCCGUUGGUACAACGGUCAUUCAAGUGAACGCCACUGAUUUAGACGACGGUUUGAACGGUGAGGUCGUUUACUCAUUUGGAAGUAAUGUUAAUGGCAAACUGCGCAAACUGUUUGAUAUAGACGGGAAAACAGGUGAAAUAACUGUUAAAGGCUUGAUAGACUUUGAAGAAAAAGACCGAUAUGAAAUCGACAUAAAGGCAUCCGAUAAGGGCAGUGUGCCUUUAAAAACGGACAAAAGCGUUAUCAUAAAUGUCGUUGACCUCAACGACAAUACUCCCGAGAUCGAAGUAACGUCCUUUUCUAGCGCUAUUCCAGAGGACUCCAGACCUGGAACCACAGUCGCACUGAUCAGUGUCAGUGACACGGACUCCGGUCUGAAUGGAAAGGUUAUUUGUUUUAUUCGUGAGAAUGUCCCUUUCACUUUAAAUCCGUCCCUGCAAGAUAAUAUGUAUUCUGUUGUCACUAAAUCGCCUCUGGACAGAGAACAUCAGUCUCAUUAUGAUGUCACAGUCGUUGCAAAAGAUGGAGGUGAUUCAUCUUUAUCCUCUGAAAAGACAAUAAGUGUUGUUGUGUCUGAUGUGAAUGACAACAGUCCAGAGUUUUCUCUGAGCCCCUAUACUUUCUAUGUCACGGAGAAUAACACCCCAGGAGCAUCAUUAUUUUCUGUAAGGGCCUCUGAUUGUGAUGAGAACGACAAUGCCCUUAUUUCUUAUCACAUUAUCAGAGAUGGAAGUGAAGAUAAAAAAGUUACUUCAUUUCUAAGCAUCAACUCUGAAAAUGGAGACAUUAUGGCGCUAAAAAGUUUUGACUUUGAGACGCUGAAAACUUUCCACUUCCACGUGGUCGCGUCCGACUCGGGAACUCCGUCACUCAGCAGCAACGUCACAGUGCACGUGUUCAUUCUGGAUCAGAACGACAACGCUCCAGUCAUCCUGUAUCCAGUCAGCUCGAACGGUUCUGCUGAAGGUGUGGAGGAGAUUCCCCGCAACGUGAACGCAGGACACUUGGUGACUAAAGUCAGAGCCUACGACGCCGAUAUAGGAUAUAACGGCUGGUUACUGUUUUCACUGCAGGAAGUUACCGACCACAGUCUCUUUGGUCUGGACCGCUACACGGGACAGAUCAGAACACUUCGCUCAUUCACAGAGACAGACGAGGCUGAGCAUAGACUGGUCAUACUGGUGAAAGACAAUGGGAACGUUUCACUCUCAGCAACGGCUACUGUGAUGGUCAAACUUGUGGAGCCCAAAGAGGCUUUUGCAGCUUCUGACGUUAAAAGUUCGGCAAAAGCAGAUGAGGAGAAUAAUGUGACUUUUUACCUGAUGAUAACUUUGGGCUCAGUUUCGGCUCUUUUUCUCAUCAGCAUCAUUGUGCUGAUUGCGAUGCAGUGCUCCAAACCCACAGACUGUACUUCUAAAUAUCUGCAAGAGACGAAUUAUGACGGGACUCUGUGUCACAGCAUCCAGUACAGAUCUGGAGACAAACGGUACAUGUUAGUUGGACCCAGGAUGAGUAUAGGAUCUACUAUAGUCCCAGGAAGCCACGCCAAUACACUGGUGCUUCCUGACAGGAGGGGAGCAUCUGGAGAGGUCAUCACUGCAUGCCUGGAGGAUUGAACUGACUGAGGGGUCAGCGCAAGGCUGCAUGUAAGACAGCCAGCCAUCAAGUGGAAAACUAGUGAAGACA